UGACAUGGUCUUUAAUAACUUAAAAAUGCUUUCUAGGUGAUAGUGAUCAACAAUCCGGUAGACGGACCGCUGUCUUGGUUUUAAAAGAAAACAGAUCUUUUAGAACAAAUUAAAUUCUGGAAGACAGCAUCAUGGAAAGUGAAGUUCCAGAAGAAGAAACUCCAAGAGCGACAAUUUCAAAGAAGAAGACAAAAAGACGAGGGCGGCGCCUUACUGGUUUAAGCAAACAGAGGAGAAUCGCCAAUACGCGCGAAAGAAACCGAGUCCAUGUCAUAAACGAAGGGAUAGAUCGCUUGCGAGAUCUCAUUCCUCUCUUUCCGAACGAAAAAAAGCCUUCAAAAACCGAUACUAUUCGUUUAGCAGCAUUGUACAUAUCGCAUUUGACAGAGCUCCUGGAAAUGGCGAAUACAGAACACGAAGAGAUGAUUGGUAGAGAGAGUUUGGACGAAGAUUUGUCAGUGACUUCACUUGAGUUUGACCCGUUCGGUGUAGAAUCUGAAGGUAAGAUAACAGUUUUGUAAUUCAUUUGUGGUAAACUUAUGUACGCCUGCAUUUUGAUGAAACUAUUAAAGUCUAUUAUCCAAGGGCGUAGUAAAACAAAAAUCACAAACAACUUUUUAGAGCAUUUCAAAAUGUUGGUAGCGAGGAAUGGUAGGAAGGAAUUUGUUUAAUUAUGAGGGAAAUACUACACCGCUGAACUAUUUAAAUAUAUCGUAACAGUUCGUGAACUUUUAACGGCAACUUUACCUGUGUGAGAUAAGCUUUUUUGAUAUGUAAGAUAAUUAGAAACUGAAGUUCAUUUCUCUUUUUGUUUUGUGUCAGAAUUGACAGUUUUCUUUUGGAAAGAUGAUGAAUUAAGUGGCAGCGAUGGUGGCGGUCUCUCGUCCGUAUUUUAACAUCAAAAGUCCAAAAUCAGGCCAGAACAGCAACUGAAGAGCAAUAAAAUAUUUCUUGGGAGUAAAUGUACCUCAAGUACAUGGAAUGCAACUUUCAUUUAUCCGUGAGAAGUAUUGUUGUUGUUGUCAUGAAAACCACGUCAUACUGCAGCCUUUUUUUGUCACCAAGAUUGUUGACUUACUCUUCAGUGGGUGGCAUCAAGAAAUCUUUACCUCACGAGAAUAGCCACCGUUCAUCAUAGCCAUAAAAUUUUGGUUUUCCAAGUUAGCCUACAAUGCGAUUAACUUAUCGGAUCUGAGAAGUUUGAGCUUUUUUUAUAUCAAACUAUUGAGUGUUUUAAGACACGAUAACCAUCUUACUUAAACAAAAGGCGCCCUCUUGCGUCGGAAUAAGCAAGCUAAGUAAACAGUGUAAAGUAAACUCACCUUUCCUAAUUUAGCAAAUAUUA